CGAGACGUACCGUGGACAGCAGGCCCGGACCAAGUCUGGAAACAGCUGUCAGAGAUGGGACAGCCAGACACCGCACCAACACAACAUACCUGACAGGUACCCUAACGCUGGACUAGAGAACAACUACUGCCGGAACCCGGAUCAACAUGACGGCGGGCCCUGGUGUUACACCACGAACCCGAACACUAGAUGGGAGGAGUGUGACGUCCCAAAAUGCUACGACGACUGUUACCUUGGCAACGGUAGAGACUACCGCGGGAGAAUAGACGUGACGUCAUCGGGCAGGAUAUGCCAGCGGUGGGAUACCCAGACUCCGCAUGCGCACAGCCGAACACCGGAAAAUUAUCCAAAUUCGGGACUAAUCAACAACUAUUGCAGGAACCCAGACAACGAUACCCGCCCAUGGUGCUACACAAUAGAUCCAACUUCUCGAGUGGAGUACUGCCCCAUCACAACAUGUGUGUGGACGGAAGAUGUCAUCGGUUUAGAAAGCAAAGUUUACCCCAAACACUGCUACUUCGGUGACGGCGCCACCUACCGGGGUAUCGUCAGUAUCACAAGCGCCGGUCUGACCUGCCAGCGGUGGGACAGUCAGACUCCCCACCCUCACGACCAGACCGUCAGGCAUCCUGACGCCGGAUUGGACGGGAACUACUGCAGGAACCCGGAUGGAGAACCCAUGCCGUGGUGCUACACAACCGACACUAACGUUAGGUGGCAGUACUGUACUGUGCCGCAAUGUUUCAACGACUGUUACAAUGGUGACGGUACAUCGUACCGUGGCACGGUUAACAUCACGUCCUCUGGCCGGGCCUGUCAGCGCUGGGACAGUCAGACGCCUCACCCUCACACACGGACCCCGACAACCUACCCGUCAGCCGGGCUGGACGAGAACUUCUGUAGGAACCCUGACGGGGAGGCGGAACCUUGGUGCUAUACCCAGGACCCGUACGUCAGAUGGGAGGCGUGUGUCAUCAGUAACUGCGAUGGUACAGCUCCGCCACCUUCACACAAAUAUAAAGUAUUUCCUGAGAACUGUUAUUUUGGAGACGGAGCCACAUAUCGAGGCGAGGUGUCGGUAAGCAAAGACGGCAUCCCGUGUCAGCGGUGGGACAGUCAGACACCUCAUCAGCACGACAUCCCUGCUAGGUUCCCCAACACGGAGUUGAAUGAGAACUACUGCCGGAACCCAGACGGGUGGGACCGUCCUUGGUGCUACACAACAGAUCCCAACAUCAGGUGGCAGGUCUGCGACAUCCCGGGCUGCUUCCCUGGUGAGUGCUAUAACGACAGGGGAGUAUCCUAUAGAGGUAAAGUGAACGUGACGUCGUCAGGACGUGCGUGUCAGCGCUGGGACUCCCAAACCCCGCACCAGCACCUCAGCACCACAGCCGACACCUUCCCUCAGGCAGGGCUGCAGGACAACUACUGCAGGAACCCAAAUAAUGACGUCAAGCCGUGGUGUUAUACUGUCGACCCGCUGGCCAGGAUUGAAUUCUGUGUGGUACCGAAUUGUGCUAACUACACAGGCCCACAGCCACAAAAAGGAGGCAGCAACACCGGAGGAAUCGUAGCCGGUGUGGUCGUCACCAUCUUGGUUGUUGUGGUGGCAGCUCUGGGCGUGGCCUACUACUUCCUGUUUUGGCGGAAACGGGUGGAUGAUGGGAAGGGUCUCGUACAAAAUGAAAGUCCCGUGGCUGGAAGCGUUGGAUUCCAAGACAUCUUAGCUCGAGAUGAUAAGACUGAUCCAGAAGGAACGAACACCUUCAGUAAUCCCAACUACGACCUUACAGAACAAAGUUCCGCGUGAUUUAAGUAUCAAAGUUUUUUUUGUCUUUUUUUCUUCGGGGGGACGAGGAAAGUCCGCAGUGGUACGGGUUCUUAGACCAUAGAUUAUUGACAUACUCGAAAAGAAGUGGUGAAUUUGUAUUUUUGAUGCUAAUACACAAUCAUAACCCAUUUAUGAUCUACAACAUAUCAUUGUAGCUCUGUCUUUUGUAAUACCUAUUGUGAUAUCAAAAUGAGCAGCAAAUUAUCUGCUCUGCUGCUGGUACUGCUGCAGCUAUUGCUCAACUAGUGGGUGAGCUUUAGCAUAGCUUCCGAAAAAGAGGUUACAUGUCUACAACGAGAAUGAUCUGUUUAUCAAUAAACUAUGCAAAACUUGA